AUGAAGUUUAUGAAACUUGGAACCAAACCAGAUUCAUUUCAGUCCGAUGAAGAUUGCAUAAGGUAUGUAGCAUCGGAUUUAUCGACCGAUGUAGUUAUAAACGUUGGAGAUGUGAGAUUCUAUCUUCAUAAGUUUCCUCUUCUCUCUAAAAGCGCUCGUCUUCAGAAACUAAUAGCUGCAACCAUAGACGAAGAAAUAAACAUUCCUGAUAUUCCAGGAGGUCCUCCAGCUUUUGAGUUAUGCGCCAAGUUCUGUUACGGAAUGAUUGUGACACUCAACGGUUACAAUGUUGUAGCUGCUCGUUGCGCUGCUGAGUAUCUCGAGAUGUAUGAAUCUGUUGAGAGCGGGAACCUUGUUUACAAGAUUGAGGUGUUCUUGAACUCGAGUGUUUUAAGAAGCUGGAAAGACUCCAUCAUUGUUCUCGAGACGACAAGAACGUUUCAUCCCUGGUCUGAAGAUGUGAAGAUUGAUGUAAGAUGUUUGGAAUCUAUUGCUUUGAAAGCUGCAAUGGAUCCAGAGAGAGUAGAUUGGUCUUAUACAUAUAGAAAGUUAAACAACAAUGGAGUGCCUAGAGAUUGGUGGGUGGAGGAUCUUUCAGAGCUUAGCAUUGAUCUAUACAAAAGAGUUAUUUCGACUAUCAGAAGAAAAGGCGCGGUUUCACCUCAGGUUAUAGGAGAAGCUCUUGAGGUAUAUGCUUCCAGGAGAAUACAACCAGAUGAUGAUUAUGAUGUGGAUGAAGAGAGGUUUUUGUUGGAGUCAUUGAUCUCAUUGUUGCCUAGUGAGAAACAUAGUGUUUCUUGUGGGUUUUUGAUCAAGCUGUUGAAAUCAUCUGUUUCUCUGGAGUGUGGAGAAGACGUGAGGAAAAAGUUAAGUAGGAGAAUAGGAGAGAAGCUAGAGGAAGCAAAUGUGGAUGAUCUCUUGAUCAGAGCUUCUUCAGAAGGAUGUGAAAUAGUCUAUGACAUUGUUGAGACUUUACUUGAUGAGUUUAUUACACAAACAGAGAAAAAAGAUGAGCUUGAUUGUUCAGACAUGUCUGUCUCGGACAGCUCGAAAGCAGUUGUUGCCAAGUUGAUAGAUGGAUACUUGGCUGAGAUCUCGAGAAUUGAACCGAAUCUCUCUCCUUUGAGGUUCAUUGCAAUAGCAGAAAAGGUUUCUUGUUUCCCAAGAUCGUCACAUGAUGGAGUUUAUCGUGCCAUUGACAUGUUCUUGAAGCAACAUCCAGGUAUAACAAAGAGCGAGAAGAAAACGAUGUGUCGAUUAAUGGAUUGCCGGAAACUAUCACAGGAGGCAUGUGCUCACGCCGUGCAAAACGAGCGGUUACCUUUACGUGUAGUUGUGCAAAUACUCUUCCUCGAGCAGGUUCGAGCUUCAGCGAAACCUUUGCUUCCAGCGAGCGGAUCUCACGGGAGCUCGAGGACGACUACGGAAGAAGAGUGCGACUCGGUAAUAGCCACGGAAGAGACGACGAGAGACAAGACAAGUAGUUCUGAGAAGACUAAAGCUAAAGGAGUUGUUAUGUCCAGGAUUUUCUCUAAGCUUUGGAAUGGUAAAGACAGAGAUGGUGUCGGAGAUGUUAGCAGCUCAGAUACUUCGGAAAGUCCUGGCUCAGCCACCACCGUCGAUGAUAAAUUCAUACCUUCGACUCGCCGGAGAAGAUCAUCCUCUUGA